CUUAGAUUGGCCAUUUACCAUUUAGUCUGGCUACCAGUCCAGCAAAAGACCAAGUACUACUUUUACUAGUUUAAGUGGGAAAAUGGAUUCAGGUUCAGAAGUUUCUGAAACAGGUGUCAAUUCAACUUUGAAAUCAGGAAGUUCAAGUGAGGAAUCACAGCAGCCAGAUUCUUUUCGCACAGUGUUGCAGAUGAUAAAAGAAAGAGCAGUAGUUGCUGGUCUGAACAUUGAGGAAGAGUGGGAUGAGAAUCAUGAUAUAGCUGUGGUCAGCUUUGUCAAUGACCCGAAACAAGAAGUACUGUACAUGUACAAGGAUCCUUACAUAGGAUUUUGUGUCAAACAAAAUAUUGGACCAUUUUUAAUAAAACAGGAGUGUGUAUUAUGGAUCUGUAUCGGGUGGUUACAUUGAAAGCCUGCACCGAAC